AUGACCCAAGAAUCAUUUACUGUACUGCUUACAAAAGAAAAUGAGCAACUUUUAAAUAAAUUAGUGUUACAAAUUACACUUAAAUUGCAGAAACCUAUUAUGGAAUUUAUGGAUAUUUUAAUAGAAUCCUUCAUGUAUCCACGAGGGGUAGAAGCCUCGCUGUUGUCCAAAAUACUGAACUAUACCGAUAAUAACCCUAAAGAAGCAAAGACUGACAAGCUAAUGCUAUCCAUAACCCGUAAACAAGCCUCCUUAUGUGAGAAAUAUGAAUGUAAUGAUUUAGGGAACUUUAGUUUAUUAGAAAUUUUGCAUAUUAAAAAGUUACUGUUGGAAAGUGGAAAAAACACAGCUUACGAUGACUCUUUGGAAAAAAAAGACAAAAGUUAUUCCACUGUAAAAAAAAGCAUGGACAAAAUUCACAUCGCCAUAGUUUACUUAUUAAGAAACUUAAGCACUUAUUUAGAAAUACCAACCUGUUUUAGUUUUUUUAAAAAGAUACUACACGACAAUAUGGGGAACUUUGAAACCUGUUUCAAAUUGUUUAAAUUAUACAAUGUUAUUGUUGAUUUGUUAAUUGAUGCGGCCAAUCGUGGUGGUGUUAAUAACAGUGCGUUAUUUCAAGUUACCAAUGAUGAUUUAGAAUUGAUUGAAAGUUUUUCAAAAGAUAUAAGCUUAUGGAUGGAAACUAUGCUGUUUAAUUCCACAGCUUUCCAAGAUUAUAAAGAGCAAGAUAUUUUUGCUAGUAACAGCGUAUGUAAGUCUGUUUCAGUCGUACUUACUGAAUCAUUUGAAAAAUUUUUGACAUCAAGAAAGCAGCUUCUUAGGAUUUCAGCGAGGACAAUAUAA